AUGGUUAGGAAGGGCCGCAUCGCCAGUGCCAAUGCUGCUCCUGUCUCCUCCACCUGCGACUAUAUCCAGACAGACAGGCUAACCGUGGAUGCCUCUACGCAGAUCCUGAUGUGGAUUUGCAGAGACCAUUGCCUGCAUCGACUGUCUGGUCGUGGUAAGGGAGGCAAGGGUCUCGGAAAAGGAGGCGCUAAGCGCCAUAUGAAGGUGUUGAGGGAUAACAUCCAGGGCAUUACAAAACCUGCUAUUCGCCGUUUGGCUCGUCGUCGGGGAGUGAAGUGUAUUUCAGGUCUCAUUUACGAGGGGACUCGCUGGGUGUUCGAAGUGUUUCUGGAGAACGUGAUCCGAGAUGCUGUUACUUACACCGAGCAUGCGAAGCGGAAGACUGUGACUGCUAUGGACGUUGUUUAUGCGUUGAAGCACCAGGGUCGUACUCUGUAUGGAUUUGAAGGCUAAGCCGUGCCAGUAAUUCUCUUUGAAAACAUCUACAGAGGACUGCCAUCACAUCACCAGGGGAGGAGCAUAUGGCUCUAUCACAGGGAGGACACUGGGUUACUUCUGCCACCAGGGAGUGCUCCACCCCUGCCUCCAACCCAUCCACAAUGGUGAUGGAGAACUGAUAUGCUGUCCUGGCAAUGAGGAAUCACCCCCAAAGGAGGAGGAGAAGCCACAUACCCUCUGCCCCCCAUUAUGCCACCCCAUCCCCUCCAGACUCUGCCCCAUUUCCCCUGCCCCCUCUUAUGCCAUCCAGGCUCUAGGCACCAGCAAACCAAGCACUUGCUUGGGGCAACACAUUUUCAGGAGCGGCAUUCCGGACAUCUUUUUUUAAUUUUUUUGCUUCAGGCGGCAAAAGCGUAGAGCCAACCCUGGCAGCAGCAGCGGCGCGUCAUGCGCAGGGGGUGCCCUGGGGCUGCUGCUGUUCGCGUCUUGGGGGAGCAGUGCCCACACCUUGUGGCUGGGCCAGGCAGGCUCCAAGCGUGAGACACUCAUGCUGGGGGCUGCCCCACGGGGCACAUGGAGCCGCCUGCAGGUGCCACAGGGUGGCCGCCCCCCAACGCCGCAGCCAGUGCUACGCGAAGCAGCCCGAGCUGCCCAGGGACUGUGGCAGGGUGGCCAGAAGCAGCAGGGCCAUAGAGGGUGGGGCACUGCUGUGCAGGGCCUGCGUCCCGCUCUCCGAGGCUCCAUUCCCUCUGGGGCUACCCUGCCCUGGCUCCUCAGCCCCCUGCCGGGGCGGUCCCCCAGCUCUGCCCUCCUGGGUCCCGGCCAGUUCUGGAGGUGGGAGGCCCGGCUGGAGGGACCCAGGAGUCCCGCCGUUUACCCUGACCUGGCCAGCGCCGGACCAGCUGGAGGCGAGGGGGAAGCAGGCGGAGUCAGCA